GGAGCGGAUCUCGGGGCCAGCGUGCGGGCGUGCGGGCGUGUGGGAGUCCGGCUGCAAGCGAGCUCACUCGCGAUCGUCCCGUGGCAAGCGUUGGAACGAGUGAGCGAGCUCGGAGCGCGUCAUGGAGCGGGGAGCACCCCGCGCCUGCCUCGCCCUCCUUUGGGGCUGCGUUCUGGUGGCGGCCGCGGCGGCGCAGGGCAAGGAAGUUGUUCUGUUGGACUUUGCUGCAUCUAAAGGGGAACUUGGCUGGCUCACGAGCCCAUAUGGCAAAGGGUGGGACCUGAUGCAGAACAUCAUGGAUGACAUGCCCAUCUACAUGUACUCCGUGUGCAACGUGGUGGCUGGAGACCAGGACAACUGGCUCCGAACCAACUGGGUGUACCGUGGUGACGCAGAGCGCAUCUUCAUCGAGCUCAAGUUCACCGUGCGGGACUGCAAUAGCUUUCCCGGUGGUGCCAGCUCCUGCAAAGAGACUUUCAACCUCUACUACGCUGAGUCGGAUGUAGAUUAUGGCACCAACUUCCAGAAGCGCCAUUUCAAAAAGAUUGACACCAUCGCACCUGAUGAGAUAACUGUCAGCAGCGACUUCGAGGCUCGGCAUGUGAAGCUGAAUGUGGAGGAGCUUUCCGUGGGGCCCCUGACGAGGAAGGGCUUCUACCUGGCCUUCCAGGACAUUGGAGCCUGCGUGGCAUUGCUCUCUGUCCGUGUCUACUACAAGAUGUGCCCUGAGCUGCUGCAAGGCUUGGCCCUCUUCCCCGAGACCAUAGCGGGUUCCGAUGCACCCUCUCUGGCCACUGUGGCUGGCACCUGUGUGGACCAUGCUGUGGUGCCCCCUGGGCUGGAAGAGCCUCGUAUGCAUUGUGCAGUGGAUGGCGAAUGGCUGGUGCCCAUCGGCCAGUGCCAGUGCCAGGCAGGCUAUGAGAAGGUGGAGAAUGCCUGCCAGGCUUGUGUCCCUGGAUCUUUCAAGUCCGAAGUAUCCGAGAGCCUCUGCAUGCCAUGUCCCGCACACACUCUGCCAUCUGACGAGGGGGCCACCCACUGCGAAUGCGAGGAAGGCUACUUCCGGGCACCCCAUGACCCACUGGCCAUGCCCUGUACCCGCCCGCCCACUGCCCCCCAUUACCUCACCGCCUUGGGCAUGGGGGCCAAAGUGGAGCUGCGCUGGACACCGCCCCAGGACACCGGAGGCCGGGAGGACAUCACCUACACCGUUACCUGUGAGCAGUGCUGGCCUGAGUCAGGCGAGUGUGGACCCUGUGAGACCAGUGUGCGUUACUCAGAGUCACCAUUAGGCCUGACCCGCACCAGUGUGACCGUCAGUGACCUGAAGCCUCACAUGAAUUAUACCUUCGCCGUCGAGGCCCGUAAUGGCGUCUCAGGCCUGGUGAGCAGCCGCAGCUUCCGCACAGCCAGUGUCAGCAUCAACCAGACAGAGCCCCCCAAGGUAAAGCUAGAGGGCCGGAGCAUCACCUCCCUGACCAUCUCCUGGAGCAUUCCCCUGCCACAGCAGAGCCGAGUGUGGAAGUAUGAAGUCACCUACCGAAAGAAGGGGGACUCCAACAGCUACAAUGUGCGGCGCACUGAGGACUUCUCUGUCAUCCUGGAUGACCUGGCUCCGGACACUACCUACCUGGUGCAGGUGCAGGCACUGACGCAGGAAGGCCAGGGUGCUGGCAGCAAAGUGCAUGAGUUCCAGACACUGUCCACGGAAGGAAAUGGAAACAUGGCAGUGAUCAGUGGUGUGGCUGUUGGCAUCCUCCUCCUGCUAUUGCUGGCAGGAAUCGGCUUCUUCAUCUACCGCAGGAGGAAGAGCCUGCGAGCCCGCCAGUCCUCGGAGGAUGUCUACUUCUCUCAGUCUGAACAACUAAAGCCUCUGAAGACGUAUGUGGACCCCCACACCUACGAGGACCCCAACCAGGCUGUGCUCAAGUUCACCACAGAGAUCCACCCAUCCUGUGUCACUCGGCAGAAGGUGAUCGGUGCAGGAGAGUUUGGGGAGGUGUACAAGGGCACGCUGAAGGCAUCAGGAAAGAAGGAGGUACCCGUAGCCAUCAAGACGCUGAAGGCCGGCUACACGGAGAAGCAGCGAGUGGACUUCCUCAGCGAGGCCUCCAUCAUGGGCCAGUUCAGCCACCAUAACAUCAUCCGCCUGGAGGGCGUCGUCUCCAAAUACAAGCCUAUGAUGAUUAUCACGGAAUACAUGGAGAAUGGGGCACUGGACAAGUACCUCCGGGAGAAGGAUGGAGAGUUCAGCGUGCUGCAGCUGGUGGGCAUGCUGCGAGGUAUCGCGGCGGGCAUGAAGUAUUUGGCCAACAUGAACUACGUGCACCGAGACCUGGCCGCCCGCAACAUUCUGGUCAACAGCAACCUGGUGUGCAAAGUGUCAGACUUCGGGCUGUCUCGAGUGCUGGAGGAUGAUCCAGAGGCCACCUACACCACCAGUGGUGGCAAGAUCCCAAUCCGAUGGACAGCUCCGGAGGCCAUUUCCUACCGCAAGUUCACCUCGGCCAGUGACGUGUGGAGCUAUGGCAUCGUCAUGUGGGAGGUGAUGACCUACGGCGAACGACCCUACUGGGAGCUGUCGAACCAUGAGGUGAUGAAAGCCAUCAACGACGGCUUCCGGCUCCCUACACCCAUGGACUGCCCCUCUGCCAUCUACCAGCUCAUGAUGCAGUGCUGGCAGCAAGAGCGCUCCCGGCGCCCCAAGUUUGCCGACAUCGUCAGCAUUCUUGACAAGCUCAUCCGAGCCCCUGACUCCCUCAAGACCCUGGCUGACUUUGACCCCCGGGUAUCCAUCCGGCUGCCCAGCACCAGCGGCUCAGAGGGGGUGCCUUUCCGCACUGUGUCCGAGUGGCUGGAGUCCAUCAAGAUGCAGCAGUACACGGAACACUUCCUGGCAGCUGGCUACACAGCUAUUGAGAAGGUGGUGCAGAUGACCAACGAUGACAUCAAGAGGAUUGGGGUACGGCUGCCAGGCCACCAGAAACGCAUCGCCUACAGCCUGCUGGGACUCAAGGACCAAGUGAACACAGUGGGGAUCCCCAUCUGAGCCCUGGCAAGGCUCAGGCAAGAAUACUUGAAGAAGCAAUGUGGCUUCCCUGCCCACUUUGUGCUGGGCUACCACCAGGGACCUUAUUUAUUUCUAGUUUUAUUUUUAUUGGUGCCACUCUGAGACCUCGACUGGGGCCUUGGACAAUGCUUUGGCCUAAACUGAGAUGUUUCAGGACCCUGGACUCAGGGCCUCUUCACCUACAAAGGACAGACAGCCAAGCACUUAAUGGCACUGCCAUAUUCCCAGCAACACCUGGGGCAGGAGCUCCGCCAAGGCCUUCAGACAUAUUCGCCGGACAUUUCCCAAUGGACUUCCCCUUUGCCAUCUUAGGAGAAGGGGAUGUUAGUCUGUGGCCACAUGAACAGGGUACCUCUUGCCUAUCCCCCACCAUCAGCGGACAGACAGCAAACUCAGCUGGGCGAAACCCAAAGUGGUUCCCUCAUCAUCUAGUGCCUUCCUUGGCCCCAGUGGGCCAAACUCUGGCUUCCCCAGGGCCUUUGCAGGAUGCUUGGUUGUGUUGAGGUUUUUUUAAAAAUAUAUAUAUUUUGUACUUUGUGGAGAGAAUGUGUGUAUGACAUGGGGGCCCCCAGCAAGGGCUGGGGAACAGCCAAGGAAGGCCUGUAUCAGACAUUCCCGGGCUGGGGU